AUGUCUCCAGAGAAGCGGCCGAGCGUCGCCUUCCCCCCGGACGCCCGUUUCUCCCUGGUUGGCGGCAGCUCGCUGCGCAUCGCAGGGCUGCGCAUGCAGGACGAAGGCAACUACACUUGCAAGGAGGGGCUGAACCGGACGGACCACCAGCACCGCGUCCAGCUCCGGGUGGCCAAUCCACCGCACUCAACCCCCAAGUGCUGGGCUGAGACCUCAUCGGGGCUGACGCUGCAGCUGUUUUGCAGCUGGCCGGGGGGGUACCCCCACCCCACCCUGCACUGGAGAGAAGAGGGCCGCGAUCUGGACAACUCAAGCUGGGUCAUCAGCUCCACGAGCUCCUCGGACACCCAUGUGGAAACACUCAACAGCUCCCGCCUCUCCCACCGCAAAGUGUUCAAGUGCGUCGGGAGCCACGUCGUGGAGCCGGAGGAGCCUGCCUGCACUGUGGAGAUAAAAAUCCCUUCGCUGGAAUCGGAGCCCCCGGAGACCUGCUUCGUGGGUGACAGUGUGACCCUGACGUGCCGUGUGACCGAGAGCACGCCGGCGGCGAGGCUCACCUGGCUGCGGGGCAUCGCCCAGCCGGAGCUGGAGAUCCAGCCCGGCGGGAGGUUCCUCAUCGCCCAGGAGGGCAACGUGUCCCGGCUGACCAUCCAGAACUGCUCGCAGGGCACCGACAGCGGCUGUUACGUCUGCAAGGCGCAGAACCCCGUGGGGCUGAGGGAGCUGCUCGUCUGCCUGACGGUGAAGCAGCCGGUGAACAUUGUUGGGGUCGUGGGCGCCGUGGUGGUCCUGUCCCUGCUGGCCGUGCUCACCGUCACCGGGGUCAUCUUGUACUACAGUCCCCUCUUGUGCCUGAGAGGUGCUGCGUUCAGGAAUCAAGGCUCGGGCGACAUCUUGGUGCUGGUGGACUCGGAAGACGACGAUGAGGAGGGAAAUGGGGAAGAGGAGCCCAUGGGCAGCUCCGCCAAGCGCGAGCCGAUGGGGCUGGAGUCCCACUGGGCCCGCAUCCAGCACACAGCCACCCAGAAGACCCUGCUGCUGGGGCAGAUCAAGCUGACGGUGCUGAACCUCUUCCAGCUCGCCACUGCGUGGCUCAAGGUCCCCGCGAACGUAGCCUUGGAGGACACCGAGGCCCAGCUGGACGCAGUCAGCGCAGCCCUCUGCCCCGGGGGACGCAUGGGGACAGCCAUGUCCCUGGACGGCCAUGGCACCAGGCUCCCGUCUCCGCAGGUGCUGUUCUGCAUGCAGGACCUGGCCGCAGUCUGCACCGAGCUGCGCCCCGGGGACCCGGCGCCCGAAACGAAGGCAGGGACUCCAGCGGGGACGUGCCCGCGGACGCUGACCCCACGUGGGUCCGGAAAGGGGUCCUAG